AAUAACGAAUUCGUAAAUCUGCACGUGGUCCGAAUUCGUCGCGAAGAACAUUCAACAGUAUAUACAUUUCGUAUAAUUUUUUAUUGAAAUUUUGAGAGACUAUUGAAUAAGAUGUCGCGUUUAAUAGUGAAGAAUUUGCCGAAAAAUGUGGCAGACACUAAACUGAGAGAAUUAUUUAGUCAAAAGGGUGUUGUGACCGAUGUGCAAUUGAAGUAUACGAAAGAUGGAAAGUUUCGACGAUUUGCAUUCAUCGGAUUCAAGACAGAGGAGCAAGCAAAAUUGGCGCAGUCCUUUUUUGAUCAAACAUAUAUUGAUACAUGUAAAAUAAUUGUUGAGCAGUGUGCAAGUUUAGGUGAUUCAUCUAAGCCUAGAUCAUGGAGCAAAUAUGCAAGUGACAGCUCUUAUAACAAGAUCAAUAAAACUCCUGAUGUUAAAUCGAAGGAAAAACUGUCAGAUUGUAUAGAAAAAGAUAAUAUAAAAGAAAGUAAAAGUGAUAAAAAGAAAGCGAAAAAAAAGAAUAAUGAAAUUAAGGAAACACUUGACAAGUAUAAAGAUGAUCCUUUAUUCACGGAAUUUCUGGAAUCACAUAAUGGUGAGGAUAUAAAAGCAACUUGGAAUAAUGACAUUAAUAUAUCUAUGGAAACUGAGGAAGAAAAAUCUAAUGAUGAUGAGUCUAAGGAUGCCAAAGAAGAUGAUGAAUCUAAGGAAAGUGAAAACAGGGAGGAAAAGGAUAAAAGUAAAGAAGAAGAAAAGAUUGCGAAUAAAGUUGUAUCGGAUUUAGAAUAUAUAGAAGCAUUAAAGAAAAAGCAGCAAGAUGUAAAAAGUGAUGAAAAGUCUCUGACUAACAAUGUGCCAAAACAUGGUCCAGUAACAUUCUUCACUAUAAAAUUACGAGGACUUGGAUAUAAACAUGUAAAAAAGCAUAUCAAGCAAUUUUUUCGUCCUAUAAAAGUUGCAUCUAUACGAAUUCCACCUAAAAUUAAAGGAAUUGCUUAUGUGGGUUUUAAAACGGAGCAAGCCAUGAAGAAAGCUCUUUUGAAAAAUAAGAGUUUCCUAGAAGGAAAGCAAAUAUUUGUAUCUAAAUAUGAGCAAAAAGAGGCAACUGAAUCUAACAAUGAAGUAGGAAAUAAAAAUAUUAAAUGGAAGAAACAAGAAGACGCCUUAAAGAAUGAAGAGGAUAUAGCAGAAUCUGGAAGAAUGUUUAUCAGAAAUCUGACAUAUACAGUCACAGAAGACGAUAUAAGAAAACUGUUUGAAAAAUAUGGCCCUCUAUCCGAAGUGAAUUUACCUGUGGAUAAAGAGACUAGGAAACCAAAAGGUUUUGGCAUAGUAACAUUCUUGAUGCCAGAACAUGCUUUAAAGGCUUACACUGAACUGGAUGGUUCCGUAUUAAGUGGUAGAAUGUUACAUAUUCUUCCUGGAAAGGCAAAAACUUCCUUGGAAGACAUCGACAUGGAAAAUUUAACUUACAAACAAAAGAAGGAGCUGCAGAAUAAGGCGACGGCAGGUUCAUCGCACAAUUGGAAUACUCUGUUUCUUGAACAGAACGCUGUAGCGGAUGCUAUCGCGAGUCGCUAUAGUACAACAAAGGAACAGUUAUUACAAGACGGAUCGGAUGGGAUGAGCGCCGCGGUCAAACUGGCCCUUGGAGAGACGCAAAUUAUUCAAGAUACAAAAGCUUUCUUAGAAGAAAACGGCGUGUGCCUGGACGCUUUCAAUCAAGCACCCAAGAAGAGAUCAACCACUGUAAUCUUGGUAAAAAAUUUACCAACUGAAACAAAACUGAACGAAAUCCGAGAAAUGUUUGCCAAGCACGGGGUACUCGCGCGUAUUGUGAUGCCACCGGCAGGUAUAACAGCAUUAGUCGAAUUUUUAGAGCCGUCCGAAGCACGCAAGGCUUUCCACGCCUUGGCUUAUAAAAAAUAUAAGCAUUUACCGUUGUAUCUAGAAUGGGCGCCAGAUAACAGUUUCGUCAGGCCUGCAUCUGAGACUGAUAUGGUUGCAAGUAAUGCAAAAAAAGGGAAAAAAUCGACAGAUUUGGCAGAAGAAGUUAAAACAGAAGAAUCUAAUAAAAAUAAGAAUGUACAAACAAAGGAGGAUGAUGAGCCACCUGAACCAGACACCACGCUUUUUGUAAAAAAUAUCAAUUUCUCAACUACAGAAAAACAAUUGAAAGAUUAUUUUGGUAAAUGUGGUCCUGUUCAUUACGUCACAAUAGCCACUAAGAAAGAUCCGGAAAAUCCGACUAACAAGCUAUCUAUGGGAUAUGGAUUCAUCAGAUAUAAGAGAAAACUCGAUGCAGAUCGUGCAUUGAAAACAUUGCAGAUGUCGGUACUCGAUGGAAAGAGUUUGGAAUUAAAGCGAUCUGAGAGAACCCUAAUGUCUGACGUUAAAACAACGAGAAAGAAGUCUAACAUUACUGAACAAACUGGUUCUAAGAUUUUAGUACGAAACGUACCCUUUCAAGCAACUCUUGCGGAAAUUACCGAAUUAUUCAAAUCGUAUGGUGAGUUGAAGGCUGUACGGUUGCCAAAGAAAUUAGUUGGUGUUGAAAAGCACAGAGGAUUCGCCUUCAUCGAAUAUUACACGAAAACAGACGCAAAGAAAGCGUUUAAAGCACUAUGUCAAAGUACUCACUUGUACGGCCGAAGGUUGGUGCUUGAGUGGGCACAGGCAGAUGAAGGUAUCGAAGAAAUAAGAAAACGCACUGCGAAACAUUUCUACAAAGAGGAUUCAACGAAGAGAUUCAAGAAAUCUACGUUAGAUCCUGAAAGUGUUGGCCUCGUCGAAUCAAAAUCGAUUGACAUUUAAUAUUUAAAAAAAUUAAGCGGAAAAAUAGUCAAUAUAAAAACUCUUGUAGUUUUUUUUUGUGAUUGUCGAUAAUUUAACAAUUCUGACAAAUACGAAUGUCACGGACAUUAUUGGAAUCAAUAUUUAACAAUGCUAUAUUGAUUUCCAUUUCACAUUGGCAAAGAUCCAAGUUGAUUGAUGGGAAGUCGAAAGAAUUUUUAUUGCGCGAUAUUGACCUUCGUGUCACGUUUAACUAUAACUUUUUCUUCUUUACAAAACGA